GUCAAAUUGACAUAAAACAAGUGUUGGCAAAGAAAAGGCAGCUGACAGCUGAGGCAGAGGAAUUAAAGCCACUUUUUUUGAAGGAAGUCGGCAGUCACUUUGAUGAUUUUGUGACCAAUCUGAUUGAAAAAUCGGCAUCAUUAGACAAUGGUGGAUGUGCUCUCACAACUUUUUCCAUUCUUAAAGAAAUGAAAAACAAUCACAGAGCUAAAGACCUGAGAGCACCUCCAGAGCAGGGAAAGAUUUUCGUUGCAAGGCGAUCUCUCUUGGAUGAGCUGUUUGAAGUGGACCACAUCAGGACAAUAUAUCACAUGUUCAUCGCCCUCCUCAUUCUCUUUAUCCUCAGCACUCUUGUGGUAGAUUACAUCGAUGAAGGAAGGCUGGUGCUUGAGUUCAAUCUCCUGUCUUACGCUUUUGGCAAAUUUCCUACUGUUGUUUGGACCUGGUGGACCAUGUUCCUGUCUACACUUUCAAUUCCCUAUUUCCUGUUUCAACAUUGGGCCAAUGGCUACAGCAAGAGUUCUCAUCCACUGAUGUAUUCUCUCUUCCAUGGCUUACUUUUUAUGGUCUUCCAGCUUGGAAUUCUAGGUUUUGGGCCAACGUAUAUUGUAUUAGCAUAUACACUGCCACCAGCUUCCCGUUUCAUUGUUAUACUCGAGCAGAUUCGUUUGAUAAUGAAGGCCCAUUCAUUUGUCAGAGAGAACGUGCCUCGGGUACUAAAUUCAGCUAAGGAGAAAUCAAGCACUGUUCCAAUACCCACAGUCAACCAGUACUUGUACUUCUUGUUUGCUCCUACCCUGAUCUACCGGGACAGCUAUCCCAGGACUCCCACUGUAAGAUGGGGUUAUGUUGCUAUGCAGUUUGCACAGGUCUUUGGCUGCCUUUUUUAUGUGUACUAUAUCUUUGAGCGGCUCUGUGCCCCGUUGUUUCGGAAUAUCAAACAGGAGCCCUUCAGCGCUCGUGUCCUCGUCCUGUGUAUAUUUAACUCCAUCUUGCCAGGUGUGCUGAUUCUGUUCCUUACCUUUUUUGCAUUUUUGCACUGCUGGCUCAAUGCCUUUGCUGAGAUGCUACGCUUUGGUGACAGGAUGUUUUAUAAGGACUGGUGGAACUCCACGUCAUAUGCUAACUAUUAUAGGACCUGGAACGUGGUGGUCCAUGACUGGCUGUAUUACUAUGCCUACAAGGACUUGCUCUGGUUUUUCUCUAAGAGGUUCAAGUCUGCUGCCAUGUUGGCGGUCUUUGCCAUGUCUGCAGUCGUGCACGAGUAUGCCUUGGCUGUUUGUUUGAGCUAUUUCUAUCCAGUACUUUUUGUGCUCUUCAUGUUCUUUGGAAUGGCUUUCAACUUCAUUGUCAAUGAUAGUCGGAAAAGGCCAAUUUGGAACAUUCUGGUGUGGGCUUCCCUUUUCCUGGGCCACGGGGUCAUCCUGUGCCUUUAUUCUCAGGAGUGGUAUGCACGCCAGCACUGCCCUCUGAAAAACCCCACAUUUCUGGAUUACGUCCGACCACGUUCUUGGACUUGUCGCUAUGUGUUUUAGGAGCUUGGAUGGUGUUCCUUCCUUGUCACUGAAGAUUGAACAUUCUGCCUGGUGUGGGGCCCUGUCUCCACCGCUACUGAAGUUCUCUGUGUUACUUGGAUCACGCCAGGCUUCAGUGGUUCACCGGAGUAGGUCACUGGAAGCUGAGCUGUUCAGAAUUCCUUGGAAUCUUGCAUACCUAAGCAGGAAUUUUUUUUAUUUUUUCCUUUUUGGUAGAAGGGAGACUGAAAGCUGGGGUAAUGACAGAUUUUUUUCUGGGUCAUAUCAGCUUAAGCCUCAGUAAUUGCAAUUGUUUUGUUUCUUGACUCCAUCCAAUCAGAGACUAAAAUCAGAUUUUCUCAGCCACAGAAUUAUCCAAAGCACUUACGAAAAAAUCAUUUAAGUAUUUCUGGCUUAGAAUUUCUUUCAUAUAUACUGUUGAAGGAAUGUUAAUUAAAAAUGCAAAGAAUAUAAUGUAGAAUGAUUUUUUGCUAUUUCUAGUAGAAAGACAAAAAAAAUCUAUUUUCAAAAGAUAAUCUUGUUAUAUAUUACCUUUUAUAUUUUGUUUGGAAAAAAGUUCAGUUCUACUCAAGUUUUACAUUCUUCAUACCAGCUAGGUCAUGAUUUUUGUGCAGGAAAAAGAUGUCUUCCACUAUAAAUUCUUGCAUCAAUAAUAAUAAUAAUACAUAUUUAGAGGACCAGAAGUUGGAAGGGAAAAACAAAAAAUAUUCUCAGAGAUUCCGUAGUAGUUUUAAGGAAAGAUUUGCAGAUUCAAUCAUAUUUUUAAAUUAUUUUGCUUAUCAUGAAAUUUACAUGGAAGAUAGUUUUUUAACUUUAAGGAAAUAUGAGGGUACUUCAGAGAGCUAAUAAAAAAUGAAAGGUAAGUUUAUUUUGGUGUAAAACAGAAAUCCGUGCAUAUGAGAGGUCUUCCAAGACCGUUCAUGGGAAAUGUGUAUUAUUAAAGAACUGGGUGUAGAUUUCAAAGUUUUUUGCACCAAAGUAAACUUAAUUGGAUUUUCCAUGAAUUUUUGGAAGUAUUCUCAGCACCUCUUUGAUGUUUUGAAGUAUCCUUUGGUAUAAUUAUUCUCUAAUAAAUACUUAUCUUGAAUUAUUUUGCAGAUUAGUGAGUCAGUCUGUGACCUAAGUAUUAAUUAGCUUCAUUAACACUGAAGUGAUCAUUAAGGAUCCAGAAGCUGGCUUCUGCAUUUCUCAGUUCUCUCGUACUUUGAACGGUAGUAUAUUUUUAGGUGGAACAGAUUAAAAUGUGAUGUGAGUUUCCGGGUGAUACGUGCCCUUCUUCAGUAAGAAGUGGUGCGUAGGAAUUACUUCGUAUGUGAUUAUGUUAGAUUGAGCAUUAGGGACAUCAGGGACCAAGUACUUCAACCUUCCACCCAAACAAGUGAGCCUUACGAGUUACUCAAAUGAUUGUUGGUACGCGGAGCAGCCACCUUGAGAGGUUCUCUCACAGUUCAGCCAGCCCUACUGCUGUCCAAGAUGUUUUGAGAAGUCGUUCUGAAGGAGUUGUUUUAAGGUCAGUUUGAGUCUCACAAAACGUAGAGUAUGUUCCUAGUCGCAGCUUAAAUUGGAGCACGAGGCCCUUGCUUAGUCAUCUGUUUGAUUCACCAUACCUCUGAUCCAGUGGAGGUUAAGCGGUUUUCAGACAUGGGUUCCAGCCUUGAUGGACACAAGCGCACGUGUGUUACCAGGCAUUGAUCUGCACAGUGGUGUUGUAAUUGAUAGCCGUGUUUUUGACAUCACAAGAGAAUGGUCUGCUCCAAGGUUAGGUUAUGGACAAGGCAGUCUGUCGGAGCAGCAGAAUGGAAUGCUUAGGUCUGCAUUUCUGUUAAGAAGUGUAAAUGCACACUAGGAGAGACCUUUGUUGUUUGCUAGUCUCAACACUUGGUUUGUAGGCCUAGUCAAGGUUUUGUUUUAAAUUUUUUUUUAAUAAAAACUGUCAUCUUUA